GAGGCAUCGUGGAGGGGGGGGGGUUCCACACACGGGACAAAAGGAGGGAAGAGAAGUCUCUGGCGAGAAAGUCCCUAACACACGAUCUCGGGGCCGAGACAGGAACAGUCGGCCGAAGGUCUCCUCCAAAGAAAUAGCAUAGGAGACCCGCCGGCGUGAGCCACCCAUGGGGGAAAGCGGGAGCCACGACGGGGAGCCGGUCGUGCUCUUCAAGAGCGCCGUCCAGCCGGCACUGCUCGUUUCUUGCGUCCUCCUGCUGUACCUGUGGGCCAGACGGAGCCCGAGGGCGCCGGGCAAGAGCCUCCCGGGCCCCGUCGGGUGGCCGCUGCUGGGUAACGCGCUGCAACUAGGCCGCCUGCCGCAUCUCUCCUUCUGCCAGCUAGCGCGGCGCUAUGGCGACGUCUUCGAGCUGCGCCUGGGCAGGCGCGCCAUCGUGGUGCUCAAUGGGGAGGCGGCCAUCCGGCAGGCCCUGGUGCAGCAGGGGGUUCCCUUCGCGGGCAGGCCUGACUUCCCCUCCUUCCACCUAGUGUCCGGGGGAAAGAGCAUGGCCUUCGGGCGCUACACCGAGCGGUGGCGGGCGCAGCGGCGGGUGGCGCACGCCACGCUGCGCGCCUUCUCGACGGCCAACACGCCGAGCAAGCGGCUCUUCGAGCAGCACGUGGCGGCCGAGGCGCAGGAGCUCAUCCACGGGCUGGUGAAGCUGAGCGCGGGCGGCGCCUACACCGACCCCGCGCCGCUCUUCACCGUGGCUAACGCCAACGUCGUAUGCGCUCUCUGCUUCGGGCAGCGCUUCAAGCACACCGACAGCGAGUUCCGCGCGCUCCUGGCCAGGAACGACCGUUUUGGUCAGACGGUGGCGGCGGGCAGCUUGGUAGACGUCCUGCCCUGGUUGCAGACCUUCCCCAACCCUGUGCGCAGCGUCUUCCGCGACUUCCAGACGCUCAACCGGGAGCUGUACGACUUCGUGCGCGCCAAGGUGGCGCAGCACCGGCUUACCUUCCAGCCCGGGGCCCCUCCGCGCCACAUCAGUGACGCCAUGCUUGAAUGCAUGGAGCACGGCCCCGGGGCGCUGCAGGGUCUCGUCGGCGACUAUGUCGAGGCCACGCUGUCAGACCUUUUCGGCGCUGGCCAGGAUACCACCUCGACAGCCCUGGCAUGGGUGCUGCUCCUCCUCCUCAAACACCCGAUGCUUCGACGGCAGCUGCAGGUAGACCUGGACCGGGUGGUGGGUCGCGGCCGACUUCCGACGGGCGACGAUCGCGUCUCCUUGCCUCGCCUGGAAGCUUUCCUCUUCGAGACAUUCCGCUACACCAGCUUCGUGCCUUUAACCAUCCCCCACGCCACCACAGCCGACGUGCUCCUAGAUGGCUUCCACAUCCGCGAGGGCAGGGUGGUCUUCAUCAACCAGUGGUCAGUCAACCACGAUCCGAUCCGCUGGAAAGACCCGCAUCUCUUCGACCCGGCCCGCUUCCUAGACUCCCGGAAGGAGAAUCUCGACCGGGACCUCACCUCUCGGGUCAUGAUCUUCUCCUUGGGCAAGAGGCGCUGCAUUGGGGAGCAGCUGGCCAAGCUGCAGCUCUUCCUGUUCACGGCCAUCCUGCUGCACCAGACCGACCUGGAGGCCAACCCUGCCGAGGAGCUCACCAUGGAUUGCGUGCACGGGCUGGUCCUCAAGCCCCUGCCAUAUACUGUUUCUGUGGCCAGGCGAGGCACCCUCGAGAGCCCAGAAGGAGCCAGCCCAGGAGGAAGGGCAGGCGCCUCUUAGGUGGGGGACAGUGCUCCUUGCCCAGAUACUCUUUUAGCUGUAGGUAAGGGCCCUGCUGGGUCCCAGAGGCCACAGCUGCCCUCUCUCCAAGGGAAAUUUAUGUCUUUUCCCACCCCCUACUUUUUGACAAGGCUCCUGGCUUCAUACUGUGCCUUUCACACAAGGAUGAGAAACCUGUAGCUCUCCAGGCUUACUCCAACACCCUGCCAGGAUGGCCAGUGGUCCAAGACGAUGGGAGGUAGCCCCGCACCAUCUGGAGAGCCACUGGUUCCCAUUCCUGUGAACAGGAGCCUGACCAGCAGACAUUUUAGAAGGUGAUGAUGCAUUGCUCCGUGCUCUGGAAAAGAUAAGCCUGCAGGUUUCUCUGCACAUCACCCAGCUGCUAAGCCAUUUUUUUCUAAUCAGCCCAACCAGAACAGCUCAUUGGGGUGUCCCAUUCUUAUCCUAAGUAGUUCGAUCCAACUUUCCUUAAAUUAGAGAUACAGUGAGACUAUUGUGAUUAAAUUAAAAACAUAUAAAUUGUUUGGUGGAGGUCUGGGAAAUUCUGUGAGACUGAAGUUUUGAAAUAAAUGCCUCUUUGAAACAGGCAUGCCUUUUUAAACGACACACACUUUUGCAGCCAGAAAAAGUCUCUUGGACUAUUUUUCUUCCAGAUUAUUUUUGUGAAGAAGUUUGACACUUAACAGGAUUGCUAAGACAAAAGGGGGUUUAGGACCAUGUUAAGUGUAAAUUACUUUCAUGGGAAACAUUUCUUUGGAAGAAAUCAUGUGUAACCUGUGCAUAGAGUAUCACAGUGACAAUAGGGAACUUAACUGUAGGUAUAUCAGGUGAGAAACUACAGCUAGUGUGGCUGCUGCGCACAUACAUAUUAUGGAUAGGUGUAGAAAGGACAUGUGCACAGUUGUCACCUGGGUCAAUCUGCACACAGUUUUGAAUGUUUUCCAUGAUGGACACUUGUUAUAUUUGAAGCAGACCAAAAAGAGAAAGGGACCAUCUUUACCCGUGGGAGCCAAUUCAACUGUGUAGAAAGUGUUAUGACUUUGCCAAGAGUUAACCUUAUGGCCCCAUCCUAUAGCUUUCUCAGAGGGCAAGUCAUGCUCUGUCUCCAUGGUCAGAAGCAGCAUGCUUUUGAAUACCAGUUGCUAGAAACCACAGGAGGGGAGAGCGCUGUUUGCAGGUUUCCUGUGGGUACCUGGUUGACCACUGUGAGAACAGGCCACUGGAUUUAAUGGGCCAUUGGCCUGAUCCAGCAGGCUCUUCUUAUGUUCUUGUAUAAAGUAUACUUUAUUCAAAAAUACAGGAGGAAUUCCUUUGGUUAGUAAUGCUAAGUAUGGGCCAAACUGCACACAAAGAUACCUCCCCACCCCAACAGCCACAUUGUCUAAGGUAGCGACAGGGAAUCUGUGGCUCUCCAAAUGUUGAUCAACUUCAGUCCCCAUAAUCCCCAGUUAUUGGCCAUGCUGGUUGGGGCUGAUGGGAGCUGUACUCUUAACAUUUUGAAGGUCGUAAGUGCCCCAUUCCUGCUCUCAGGAAAAGCUGCUUUAGGGGAGACUGGGAGAAGUAGCAUAACCCUUUCCUUUUCCACUGCUGAAAUUACCCCCCUCACUGGGUUCUAGACCCAUGCUUGUGACAAAUAUGAUUGGAACCUUGCUUGCUGUGGGAGGGAGCUACACUGGAAAAAUGGCUGGCAAGGAAAGGAUUAAGCAACUCUGCUGCUGCUCUGCUCCAAAUCACCCUCUCGUGAAACUGCUUUUUCUUAUAAGCACUUGACUGCAAAGGUUUGCCACAUGUUUUUGUGUACAUGCAGACCUAUUGUUCCUGCUCAGCUCCUCUACAAGACUCUUCAGUGUUCUUUAGUAAAGCACUCGGGUAGCAGCAGUGUUCUGUAAUCAUCUUCCUUGCAGCAUGGAAAUAACUGGGCUUAGUGGCCUUGUCGCUUCCAGUUAGAGCAGAAAAAUUAAUGAACAUCUACUUGUAUAGUGCACACUCAGCAAGCUUGCCACUCCUAGCCAAGGAAUAGGAAAUAUUUCAUCUGUAGUCCUUGGCAUUGGCUUGUGGGAAAAAUUAUAUUUUUCUGUUAUCAAUCAGUGGUUCCUACCUUGACAUUCAACUUAGUAGUACCAGCUGUUUUUAAUAAACUUCACCAGAUUGAUUAGAACUUGCAUCCAGAUCAUUACAUUUUAACAUGAGAUAAAUUGAGACACUCAAAAUUUCCUCAUUCACUGAUUCUGUUCUUUACUGCAUAGGCAGAGAACCUUUUUUCUUCCCUGUGAAGUGCUUCAUUCCAGCAGGAGUAAUCCACUGGGGAUUGCAUACUGGAGGUGUGUGAGACCAAAACGUAGACAGGAUAGCCCCUUUUCUUUUGUACCCAUUUUCCUCCUAUUCCCCCCCCCUUGCCAUCCACAUGAAAUUAGGCCAGGGAUGCAGGCUCCCAACCUCAUCUUACAAGUUUUCCACCCCAGAAACAUCCGAUGUCUGGCUAAAGUGGACAAAAAUAUUUUCAAUACUCAGAGCCAGUUCCUCUACUGCUUGCUAUCAGGAGUUUGAGAAGCAGACUGGAAGCUGAUUUGAGCCUGACUGGCUUUCUACAUAUAGAGAUGCAUGUUCAUAAACAAUAGCAUAUUUCACAUAUGGAUGGUGGAGGAAGAUUGAGCAUCAGCCCAACUCACUUUCCCGCUUUACUGCAUACAAGAUCAGCACUGGACAGAGUAUCAUGUGAACCAGCCAUGCCCUUGGGGAGGAGGAGGGGGAGAAAUAGAACUCUUAAUAGUACCGUUAAGGUAACUCCUGCCCAUGUCCCCACAGCAGGCCCUCUGCAGGGGCCCCCUCCACCUGUCCCCCAUGCUUGUCAGCAACCAAGGCAGCAAACCUUGGCUGUUUCUUGACCACCUCAUCAACCUAUUCAGGUGCCAAAGAUGAUGUGUGAAAACCAGUAUUCACCAGAACACAGAUUUCAGAGACAGAUGUCUGAACCUUGCCACCUGUAUGUACACUGCAUUGUGUAAUUGUCUGUUAACUAGGGCUGGAGACGCUGUGGCCAUCCAGGAAUUAUUCUCAUCAGCUCCAGCAAGCAUGGCCAAUGGUCAGAGAUAACAGGAGCUGGAGUCAACCACAUCCAGAGGACCAUAGAUUCCUAAUUCCUACUUUAAACACAAGUAAAAUCUGCACUUGUCUAUUGCUGAAAAGUAAAAAGUUAAUUUGGGCAACAGUUUUUCCCCAUGAGUCUUUAUAGUUAUCUAAUAAGCUAUGUAAUCAGCCUAAAUAAUAUAGCAUACAUAUAUUUGAACCCACCAUUAGGCAUUUCUUUCACCUAAGUUUGGGUGGAGUGCAUGGAGUGAAGAUACCUUUUCCAUAAAUUGCACUUUUUUCUUUUGCAUUAAGCAUUUCUUGAUUUUUUAAAAAAAUGUGAC